CUUUUCCACUCACCCAACACCUGCGACCAACGAGGGGAUACUCUUGGUGCGUACAAAGCCGGUGAUUCCACCGACAACGCACAGGGUUCCCAUCACGUAAGCCGGAUACGCAGACUGGACUUUCUUGAGUCUCAAUUCUAGCUACAUUGAUCUUCCGCGCGCACCAUUGUAGUUGUUUCGAUCUGGGGCAGGUAGGAGGAGAUGGGAGAGAGUAGCAGGGCGGGGGGAUGGGAACAGUGCUUGCCGGCGUGCGCACGCAACGGUGUCACCUAUUUACCCCGCACAACAAUAAGCGCACAUGGAUGAUCGGAGAUCCCGCGGGAACGCGUUCCCCGGCCCGUGAUUUCUUCCUCGCCACAUACACUCUGAUAAUAUGGCGGACGUCCUCCCAAGGAAGAACGAGGAGUAUGGGACAAAGGAAUACUGGGAUCAGCGUUAUACACAGGAGUCAGAAGAAACCUCCUUCGACUGGUUCAAGACAUACGAUGGUAUUGCAGACAUCAUGCGGCAGCUUAUCCCCAACAAGUCGUCAAGGAUCUUGAUGCUCGGUUGUGGAAAUUCGACCCUCUCGCAGGACAUGUAUAAUGAUGGCUACAAGAACAUAGUGAACAUCGACUACUCUGGCAUCCUCAUCGAGAAGAUGAAGCAUAAGCAUGAGAUUUCGGCACCGGAGAUGGAGUGGCAUGAGAUGGACAUACGCGACCUGAAAUUUGAAGCGAAUUCGUUCGAUGUUGCCAUAGACAAGGGCACGAUGGACGCCAUGAUGACCGCCAAAGCUGAUGUCUGGGAUCCGCCAGAAGAGGUCGUCCAAAACUGUAACAAGGAGGUAGACGAAGUCCUGCGUGUCCUCCGCCCAGGCGGGAUCUUCGUCUACCUCACCUUUGGCCAGCCGCACUUCCGCCGUCGCUACCUCGAACGUCCCAGUACGACGCUAGAGAUCCGCAAAUUAGGCGAUGCGUUCCAUUACUAUCUGUACAUAGUCCGAACCUAAAAAAAAUAAAGCAAC